AGAGCCACUUCACCAGUGGGAAGAGACCCAAGGAUGCAGUCCGGGCCACCUGCUUUCUUGUACACAGUCCUAGCCUUCAUCUGCCUUGGUCCCAACAAUGUUGAGGGCAUCGAUCUAUCUACAAACAAAGUGUAUAAGAAAGAGGGGGAGUCUGUGACCAUGGAAUGCAAGUUCUCAGUCAGCUCUAUUUACUACUAUAUGAUGCACUGGUAUCGACAGCUUUCCAGUGGAAAGAUAACUCUUUGUGUGAUUAAUAUUUAUUCUUAUAAGCGGCAUUCAUGUGACGGGCGAUAUACUGUAAAGUUUUACAAUCCAACCCUGAAGCUCACGAUCUCGGCUUUGAUGCUUAGCGACUCGGCCAUCUAUCACUGCGCUAUCGCAGAGGUCCAUGCACCGCGUGGCCACAGGAAGCACAGGAAGCCACAGCUUAUCUUUGGAAAGGGGACUCAACUCACCGUGGAACCAAGAAAGCAGUCUGUUGCCACACCAUCUGUCUUUGUCAUGAAAAAUGGGACAAAAGUCGCUUGCCUGGUGAAGGAUUUCUACCCUAAGGAUAUAAAUAUAAAUCUACAAUCAGCCAAGAAAAUAAAAGAAUAUGACCCUGCUAUUGUCGUCUCUCCCAGUGGGAGGUACAGUGCCAUCAAGCUCGGUCAGUAUGAAGAUUCCGAUUCAGUGACAUGUUCAGUUCAACACAAUGAACAAAUCUUCAACUCCACUGAUUUAGAACUGAAGAAAACUGUUUCAGUGACUCCAAAACCAAAGGCAUCUGAAAACAACAAUCAAACUUCAAAGACGUGCUAUGAACCUCAAGUUCCUGCCGGAAAGGUAAACAUGAUGUCCCUCUCAGUGCUGGGGUUCCGAAUGCUGUUUGCCAAGACUGUCGCCGUCAAUUUUCUCUUGACUGCCAAGUUAUUUUUCUUUUAAGGCUGAUUGGCAUGAGACGGCUACACUCCCUGAAAAAAAAACCAAAAGCCUACAGAGGUACUAUCUCCUUGGCUUUCAACUUCUUGGUGGCACAAGUUGACUCAUCCCAGCCUUCCUUAAAUGGCUGCUACCCAAACUAGUUUUCCCUUAAAGGCAACGAAUCCAGCUUAUCCUUCAACCUGGUGGAAAGACAGAAGUCCUAGGGAGUGGAGGCUUAUGGUCCCACCUGCUCUAUAUGCUGCUUUAUAAAGGGAUACAGAGUUAUAAAGGCAUGUAGGACCCAUUUUUUUCCCUAUGACUAAUAUACUUUGAAAAGACUGUUUUGUUCCUUUGACUUUCUUUGCCUCCAGAAGUAGAAAGUGGGAGCCAUCAGGUUCCCAGCUCCAUCCUCCAAGAGGAAAAUAGAUCCAAGGGGAUGGAGAGCAGGUGUCCUGUCACCAAAGCACAAAAGACUCUGCUCCAUCCAGGACUGGAUUUGCCCCAAACUUUCUGCUUUUCCUAGCACUUUUCAAACAAAACUACAUUUGACUUCCCUGAUACUCUCUGUGCAGACGGUGGGGUUUCUAAAAUGUCAUCUAAAUACUCUCAGAGCUAUUAGCAGAGAACAGAGUAAAAUGCAGAGGAAACGCACAUCUCGCUAUUAAUUGAUUUAACAAACGUGAAUUAGUCCAAGUUCUAGGCACUGGGCUGAGGGUACAAAGAUGAGUAAGACAUCAGCCUUGCUUUCAAGCAACCCACUGUGCAAGCGCUUUGGAGGAAGGGCUAGGAAUGAGACCCCUCGGUUUUCCCUUAAAAACAAUGUCUUCACUGUCUCUCGCCUGACCAUCUGUGCACAGGGAGUUUGAGGUCAUCGGACCUUUGGUGUUGAUGAUUUUCUGCCAUCUUUCUCUGUCUCUGUUGCAUCUAUUAAAAUGUGUUGUGUGUGCCUUACUUCUGGCUUUAUUCAUUGCAGACCGUGGAGGGAAAAGAAGGGCUGUGAACCACUGGUAGUCAGGCAAAAGCCAAACUGAGCUCAUAGGUCCCACCUCAGCUCCCUGCACCCCCAGCCUGCAAGGCUCCUGCCUGGGGGACCCAGCCCUGGGCUUCCUGCUUUCGCUGCGGCUGCAGCUGCCCCUGCUACAGCAACACCACCACCGCCCCCCUGUGGCCGCCGAGCUCUGCUCCUCGCACCUCAGCAAAGCCGCAGCUUCUUCCUGCUGCGCAAACCCAAGUAGCAGAGCCCUAGCAACCCGGCAUUGCGGUUGCCUCCGCACCCAUGUGGGGUGUCAAAUGGGGCUUUAUGAGGUUACAAGUGAAAGAAAAGACACUCAUGCACAACUCCCCAACCGUUGCCAUGCGCAGACCCCCACAUCAUGUCCUCACAGCACAAACCAAAGCAAGGAGGCAGUCGCACGCUGAGUCAGUGGGCUUAAGGCAGUCUAGACGGAUAAGCCAGGUCCAUCCAGGGAAACAUCUUUUAGUGGAAAAAACCAUUAAAAGAUUCCACACAACUUCACCUUGGGUGAAGAACGCCUGUUUCCAAAACAUUCACAUCUGUUACCCUGGGUCACGUUAGAAUGUUUCUCUGAGGUUGAUAAGAACAAAAAGAUCACAUCUUCAUUUUUCAGAUGGAAAAAAAUAUGCUCCCCAAAAAGGGAGUGUACCUUGUCCAAAGUCAUUCAGUGCGGCAGGGAUAUUGCUCGGACCAGAACCAAGCUAUUGGGAGUGCCAGCCUCAAGCUCCUUCUCCAAGAGCACAGCGCACCCCCAAAACAAGGGAGAGGGGUUGAUUUGAAGUUCAUCCAGGCUGAACUUCAGGACUGUCUUGUACUUAGCAUGUGAAUGAGCCAACCUCUAGCCUACUUUGACUCUCAGCAAAAGGCAUCCUAGCAUUUCACAGGACUGUGAAUUUAUUCCGCAUAAAGUACCCUCCAGAAAAGAUUGAAGGCAGAAGCCAGCGGGGACUGUGGCUGCUUUCAGGUGUGGGGCCCAUCCUACUGCAGAUGACAGUGUCCCAGAGAUUUCAUAGGCAGCAUCUCACUUAAGUCCCACAACCACCCUGAGGGAGUCUCAUUGCACAUACUCAGCAGGCUGCGGAAGAGAAGCCCCAGAGGCUGAGUCAUUUGCCUGAGUCUUUGUCUUCCUCACCCAUGUCCUUUCCAUCCAUCUCUAUAGUGACUGCUUUUCAUCCACCUGUUUUGAAGCCCAGAUAAACUGCUGUCCAAACCACAGGCUGAUGCAGCCUUCUAGUGCGCAGCUGCCAGGAAGCGCCGCCCCGCCCCCCUGGCUCUGUCAUUAACCAGCUCUCUAACCUUGCAAAUGUCCCUCACUCCUCUGGACUUCAGUGUUUUUCCUAUAAAAUAAUGUCUAAGGCAUCUACUGCUUCUAAGAGUACAUCUAGCAGCUCUCAGAGUUGUUUGAAGGCAGAGACAUCAGUAGAAGUAGAAGAAGGAGGGGCGGAUUCCCAGGGCUGAGGGUGUAUAUAUUUCACAUCACAUCGUUGGUUUCCCCUGGAGGUAAUUCUCUUCCCUGGAGACACCACUGAGCUCCAAAUUCAGGGACUUUGAAGCUGGGAUUCUGGAAUUCACAGACAACUUUCUGGGAAUAUCUCAAUGCUCUUCAGUGAAAGGACAAUGUUCUCCAAACAAAGUAAGUAAAAUGGAGAGCAUCCAGGAGAAGUAAGGAGGCUGCACAAGAAGAUGAGGAUGAAGGUAUAUUGGUAAAACCUUUUUACGUAAGUGACUUUGUGUCCAAUUUGAAUUUCAAAAGGAAAACAGACCAAUUCACAAUAAAGGAUAAAUGAUGGAGACUAAA